AUGUUUGGGAAUUGGGAAGAGUCUUACCAAAGGUUGCAAAAAUUGCUAAUGACAUAUAUUAAUCAGGACCCGACUACCCAAGUGUUCUAUCGUAUCACAUCCACUGAUGAAGAUGACAUCGUAUUGUUGCAUUAUGUGUUUUGGUCUUUCGGUCCAUGCAUAUCAAGAUUCAAAUACUGCAAGCCGGUUAUCAGUAUUGAUGGGACCCAUCUGUAUGGUAAAUAUCAGGGAAAGUUGUUGGUCGCAAUGGCAACUGACGCUAACAACAAGGUAUUCCCUCUCGCGUUUGCUGUUGUGGAUUGUGAGUCAAGGUCCAGUUGGAGGUGGUUUUUACAGUGCCUCCGAGAUACGAUUGGCCACGUGAUACCUAAGGAAGGCAUUUGCAUAAUUUCUGACCGACAUCUCGGUAUCAAAAACGCCAUUGCAAACUGGUCUAGAAGGGAUGAUGGAAGUACACCAGUAUUUCAUAGAUAUUGCCUUCGACAUGUUGUUAGCAACUUCAACACCUAUUUUCAGAACUCAACUCUAAAGUCAACGGUGUUGAAAGCGGGAUAUGCUAGUCAGGUAGUGAAAUUUGAUGCCAUAAUGGAGUCCAUUAAGCAGGUGGAAAUUGAGGCCAUUAGGAAUAAGAAGAAGGUGACGGGGAAGGAUGGCAAGGAAAAGAAUCAAGAUUAUCUUCCAUACACAUACCUAAUGGGCGAGUCUGUGGAUAUGUGGAGCCAGUCACAUGAUGGUGGGAGACGUUUUGGGGCAAUGACAACCAAUAUAUCAGAGUAUUUCAAUGGUGUACUGAAAGGUGCAUGGGGUCUUCCUAUUGCCGUAUUGGUUGAGUUCACUUGGAACAAACUUGUUCAAUAUUUCCACGACCGGCGCAAAGAAUACCAUUUUGAGUUCUCAGAGGGUAAGAACUGGAGUGAAUAUGCCUUCUCCACGUGGGAUGGAAAUAAGCGUAAAUCUGAGAAACACUAA